GCAGCCGCGCACAGCCCAUGGAGUAGUAGAAGUAGUAGUAGUGGGGGGGGUUGGAGCUGCCUUUCCGUCACCUUUUUCCUCCUUUGUCUCGAAUGGAGUCGCCUUUUCUCUGGGAUAUCGCCUCAUCACAUCGCGAGUGAGCUGCUGUGAACCGUGAGAGCACAAGUCUCCAGACAGGAGACAAGAUGGCGUCCAACAACACCCUCCGCAGCUACUCCAUCAUCCCGUGCUUUAUUUUUGUGGAGCUCGUCAUCAUGUCCGGAACGGUGCUGCUGGCCUACUACAUGGAGUGCACAGAUCUGUUCAGUGUGCAUGUGCAGGGCUUCUUCUGUAACGAUGCUGAGCUGAUGAAGCCCUACCCCGGCAUGGAGGAGUCCGGCUUCAUCCCACCCCUCAUCCUCUACUGCGUGGUGGCUGCUGCUCCCACAGUUGUAAUCUUCAUUGGAGAGGUGUCCAUGUACAUGAUGAAAUCAACAAGAGAAUCUCUCUUGGCUCAGGAGAAAACCAUUGUGACAGGAGACUGCUGUUAUCUCAACCCUCUUAUCCGUCGCAUCAUCCGCUUCAUAGGUGUGUUUGCGUUCGGGCUGUUCGCCACCGACAUCUUCGUCAACGCAGGCCAGGUGGUGACUGGAGGCCUCUCGCCUUAUUUCCUGUCCGUCUGCAAACCAAACUACACCGGCACCGAGUGUCGUUUCAAUCACCAGUUUAUCGUGAACAGCAACAUUUGCACCGGGAACCCCGUCAUCGUGGAGAACGCCCGCCGGUCCUUCCCAUCCAAGGACGCAACGCUGAGCGUUUACUCUGCUGUUUACCUGACGAUGUACAUCACCAGCACAAUCAAGACCAAGUCCAGCCGCCUGGCCAAACCCGUUCUCUGUCUGGGCACGCUCUGCUCGGCCUUCCUCACCGGCCUCAACCGGGUCUCGGAGUAUCGGAACCACUGCUCAGAUGUCGUGGCAGGGUUCAUUCUGGGAUCGGCCAUCGCGUUGUUUUUGGGCAUAUGUGUUGUGAACAACUUUAAAGGUGUUCAUUGCACAGCAGCUAAACAGAAGACAGAGGAGUACCGCGGCCUUCCACUCAUGACUUUCCCGCGUGUAGAAAGCCCACUGGAGACCCUCAGUGCACAGAACCACUCAGCGUCCAUGACGGAGGUCACAUGACUAAAGGGGCAGCACCGGGUCACGUUUGCGUCUCCACAGCACUUCCAGGCACAAUGACGAGGACGCAUGUCACGUGGCGCCGAUUGCUUACAAAAAAAGAUUAAAAAAUCCUCUCUAUCCGUUUGACUCACCUGGUGGACAGAUUACUCCAUGUUUGAAAUGGUUUUCAUCAAGUUUGGCUACACUCAGUCCAACCCACCAAGAUGCACACAUCUGUCCAAAAGUCACACUUAGCCAACUUUACUGCAAGCACAGGUUAUCUUUACAGGUAUUUCAAAUCAUUUAUAACAUGGGGCAUUUUUGUCCUUCAAGGUGCGUUGCUUUUAGUUUUAGAGGAUGGUGUUUUGUACAUUUUUGUAUGAGCGAGUGCCGUAGCCUACUCUGACAAUGUUAAACCUGUGCACUACCUGUCAGCUGACUCACUUUGAUUUGAAUCACAUCGUGUCAGGUGAAAUGCCUUGUCUGUCACUACAUCCAUCCUGCUCAGCCUGAAAACUCUGCGACGGAAAACAUAUUGAUGUUGUUGUUCUGUGGUGUUUGUCAUUUGUACAGAAAAAAAAACAACAUAGAAACCUUCUUUUUAUUAUCGCUCUGUACAUUAAUUGACCAUUCUCGGGUCAUAUUUUUUAAGGAUUUUUGUUAAUCUGUAUGACUAUUAUGAUCCAUUUGGACCUGUUUGCCUGCUGUAAACCUAGAUAUGUUAUGGUAUCAGUUUAGGUGUUUUGGGGAACAACUCCUCUUCCCUUUUGGAGGAAAUGUGAGGAAGAGUCAGUGCCACCCUCCAAGUAAGAAAAUGGGCAUCGUGAGCCUUUGAUCAGCUGUAAUAAUUGGAAAUGUCAGUGGCUGAAAUGCUCAUUCUCAGUGUCUUUCAACCUAAUUUCCUGACGUUGAUUAAAAAUACACAGAGGUCCAGUAGGUCAGAUCAUUAUUCCACGAGUGUGGCUUUUAGAAACAUGUAUAAGUUGGAAUUUCAAUAGAAGAUGUCCCCAGUGAACAGAUUUGGACCGAAGAGGGAGAAAUGGGGGUCCAUUUGAAGUUGGAUUAGCCCUUUUAUUGUAAACCAGGCCAAUGACUCGGGCCUCGCUUUUCCUCCUCGAGGCGCCUGUCCCUUUUCCCGACCCGCCAGUGGAUUGUGAUGCAAUGUUGUGAUUCCAUUUCCUAUUGGAAGAUAUGCUCAGCAUGAAGAGAGAAGUCAAGAUGUUUUAUAGAUAUUACUCAUUAUUAUUGUGACUAUAUCUGUCUUUUACUUUAAGAACGAAAAAAGGUGUUUCAUCUGAAAUGCUACAUAUAUAUUUUUUUUUCUUGUUUUGUUGAAAAAAAAUUAAAUAGCCAGUAGCAACA